UCUAUAGUCGUCAACUUUAAUGCUUGAUAUCUCGGUUCGCGGGGCAGAGCGACACUUUUUACUGCCAGAUUCAUUCGUUUCGCGAAAACGCGUUGAAUGAGCGUCCUAAUUUCAAAAAGCGUUGUGGUGAGGAUAUUCUAGAUAAUUACUUUUAAUUACAUCAUUUUAUAUAAUCAGAAGAUACGUUAAUUGUGUAGUAAAAUGGAUAUGAUGGAGUUUUGCCGAAAAUUACCCAAAGUGGAACUUCAUGCACAUUUAAAUGGUUCAUUAAGCGUAAAUAUAUUGCGAAAUUUAUGUAUAAUGAAUCAUUCAAAAGUUGCUUCCGAAUACCAAGAUCUUGUGAAUAUCACCAAUUUUUCAUCUCUAAGCGAAUGUUUUAAAAUAUUUGACAUAGCACAUGCAUUGACGAGUUCACCACAAACUGUAUUUACUGCUGCUUGCGAUGUGAUAAAAGAGUUUUACGAGGAUAAUGUAAUUUAUUUAGAAUUGAGAAGUACUCCUCGUGCUGUAAAGGAUGUAAUGACAAAAGUGGAAUACCUCCAAGCUAUAAUACAAGCUAUCGAAGUGUCCAAGUCUAAAUUUCCACAAAUUCUUGUAAAACUACUAGUAUCAAUUAAUCGAAAAGAAGGCUUCGAAUCUGCUGAAGAAAAUAUAAAUCUUGCUAUAGAAUUUAGAGAGAAAUAUCCAGAAUAUGUUGUAGGUAUUGAUCUCAGUGGUGAUCCAACAAGGGGCGAUUUAUUUUUAGAAUUAUUAGAAAAGUCUAGGAAAGUAGGUCUUAAAAUCACAGUUCAUUGUGCAGAGGUACCAAAUGAAGUGGAAACAAAUAAUAUAUUAAAAUUUAAACCUGAUCGAUUAGGACAUUGUACUUGCAUUCAUCCUAGUUUACAGGGUUCUCAACAAUUGUUUGACAUGUUGUUGGAAUCUAAAAUUCCUGUUGAAUUAUGCUUAACGUCGAAUAUUAAAUGCCAAACAGUGCCCGCUUAUAUGUAUCAUCAAUUUAAAUAUUUAUACGAAGCUGGACAUCCUAUAACUAUUGGAACUGAUGAUAAAGGUGUUUUCAAUACGUUCUUAUCAAAGGAAUUGGAGAUAUUAAGUAUUGUUUUUAAUAUCGGAAAGAAACAGCUCAAGGAACUAUCUGCAUUAUCUGUACAGUAUAGUUUUGCAAGCGCGGAGGAAAAGAAAAGUUUAGCAGCAAUUAUCGAAAAUUUUGAAUGAUAUGUAGACAUUUUUUAAGUGUAAGUAUUGCUAAUAAUUUUGAUAACUUUAGUUAAUCCAGAUAUCUUCUAAACUUAUUAGCUAUUAAUAAGAGUAUAUCAGAACAUGUAUUUUUUUAUGUUUUAUUUUCUUUUAUCAUAUUUAUGCAUUUUUUAUUUGUACAUUUGAUUUUUUUAAUUAAAUCUAUUUAUUUAUAAAUGUCAUUAAACUUAGUAAUAUUUGCUGGUAAUUUUUUAUAGUAUGUUUCAUAUAUAU